GAAUGUAAUGACGUUUGAUUCUGUAACAAUGUCAGCCUUCAGUGUCUGGACUUCAGCCUUCAGUCUUCACCGACGCUUCUUCCCCGGGAACAGAGCCUUCUUCUUUCCCUUCCUUCUUCUUUGGAUGUCUGAAGAAUCUCGAUUUCUCGAGCGCUCAAGGAACGACUGAGGCGCAGAAUGGAACGGGAAAACAUUAAGUGGCACUCCAAAGAACCAAGAGCCAAGACCAGUUCCAGAGCGGCUUACCAUUAGGUCGGAAAGUUCGUGGAACGACACCUCUGACUCGUUGGAAAUUUGACUUGCUAUCUUUGCUUACAUUGGUAAAUGGAGUGGAGUGCCAGAAGUCGACAAUUAUUUCAUCCAUCUGGGUAAUGAAGGCUCCUCCAGCAUCGGUGUUGGCCGAGUGCGAACUCCGCUCGUCCACCAAGGACUCGUCCAUGCAUAAGUCUACGUUCUCGUUGCCAAGUUCACAUAUCGUUCAUCGGAAAUGGAACUUAUUGGGAUCACUGAGCAGGAACAAAUUGUUUGUGAUCCAAGCACUGGGCAUUUGGAUCGGGCUGUGUUUGCCGGGGAACAUUGUGACUGGGAUUCUUUUCUAUCAGAUCAAUUAUGGGACACCCAAGGACUUGGAGCCUCCCCUCACAGAAAGUGGAUCGUUGAAGAUUGAGGAGAUCUUGUCAUUGGAGGACGAGAGCCAGGACCUUCGACCCAUACAGGCUGUGUGUCACCAUUUGUUAACUAUUUGUGAGCCAACCAAUGACGUCCAAUUGUCAGAAUGUGAGGACAAGUUGGUGAAGGACUACUUGGAUCCCCAUUUGCAGGUGACCAUGAAUGGUCUGGCCAAUAAUAUCACCAGAAACGAUACUCUGGAGGAACUCUAUUCGCAGCUGCUCAACUAUCUUCCCGAGAGCUUCCAAGAAUGCCUUACUCAGAUCUUCGAUGGGAGGCAGGAUUCGGCAGAUCUUUUGGACUGUCACGAAGAUAAAGCAGUGUAUGGGCAUUGGGUGGCCCAAUCCACUUUUUGGGUGGAGGGCGUGGCGGUCACGGUGGUGGGCACUUUUGGUCUGAUCGGGAACAUCUUGACCAUGCUCAUCUUCCGUCAGAUCAAGAUCAAUAAGAACUUCAAUAAUUUACUCAUCAUACUCAGCUUCUGCGACUUUCUUCUCAUAUUGGACGUAAUGGGCGAGAUGUCGAUAAUCGGAGUGUUCAUGGGCAAGGAACCCAUGUGGUUCAAGGUCCUGUAUCCUUGGAUCAUUCACCCGUUACGAGGCUUCAUCCAAACCACUUCCAUGUAUAUGGUGGUGGCUGUGUCCACUGAACGCUUUCAAGCCGUUUGCUAUCCUUUAGCCCCUCGGCAUUCUUUUAUCAAAUUAGUGAUCGUGGCCAUUCUCAUUUCCUUUGGCAUUGAAUUCCCUCGCUUCCUCGAGUUCGAGUUGGUCCACAAUCAAACAGACUACUGGACCACAAAAAUCAUGGAGGAUCCGGACUACAUCCAAUUCAAUAGCUACUGGAACGAUCUGUUCGCCACCGGAUUGUUCCCUCUCAUCUGUCUGGUGUACAUGAACUUCAAAAUCUACCGCAACAUUCGGGCCUCGUCCCGGUUCCAUAAACGCUUUUCCGUGCGGACCACGCAUCGGGAACAUGCCGUGCGAAACUCCUAUCAAAGUUUUCGAAUGGAGGUCAGAGUCCCGGACAAAGAGCAACAAGUGACGACCACCUUGAAAAUCGAUCAUCCCAAGCAACAUUCGGUUCGAUUGAGGGAACGGGAACCGACCUCCGAGACCAGUUUCGUGUCCAAGAUGUCGUUCCGAAAGGAGAACAGCUCAAAGAACUCGGAUCCUGACGUGAUCGAGCAUCAAGGCCGAGCCAGCUAAUCAGCCACGAAACAUCACGAAACUUCGGCGAGGUUGAGCCGAGACAUUGUGGUAAAAGGACAAAGGAAACGGAAAGAGAAGUCCACGAUUGUGUUGAUUUCCAUAGUUUUGAUCUUCAUCGUUUGUCACACAUAUCGGUUGUCUUUGCGACUGUAUGAGUUGGCCUUUCCUGAGAACAACACGCUCAAGCAUUACUCGCGUUGCCAGAGUUUGGGACUAUAUCAUGUUCCGGUCAUUUUCUACAUUUUGGCCAA